AUGAAUUUCCGGAGUCUGGAUGAAUUCUGGGCCUUCUACGUGGGUCAGCACUCCAAGGCGGCCACCCGCCGGUUGCACUUCCUUGGCACCCUCGUUGCCCUCCUCUGCCUGCUCUGCUCGCCGCUUGUCAGCCGCUGGCUGCUCCUGGUCGGCCCCAUCAUCGGCUACGCCCUCGCCUGGUACAGCCACUUCUUCGUGGAGGGCAACACCCCCGCCACAUUCGGCCAUCCGCUCUGGUCCUUUCUCUGCGACCUCCGGAUGUUUGGCCUCAUGCUCACCGGCCGGAUGGAGAAGGAGAUCAAGCGUCUUGGCAAGCGCCCCGUCCUCCAGGCCUUCUGA